GUUAGACCGAGCUGUUCCAUCGGCGGAGCAAAGAUGGCUGAACAAGGCGUCGCGGAUCCUGGUAGCAACGAUAAUAAUAAUAAACCCGAAGAAUCAGAGGGCACUAUUAUUAAGGUCACAGUGAAAACUCCUAAAGACAAGGAAGAAAUCGCCAUCGCAGAAGAUGCCUCUGUCACUCAGUUUAAAGAGGAGAUCUCAAAGAGAUUCAAGGCCAAACAGGACCAGCUGGUUCUGAUUUUUGCUGGGAAGAUCCUGAAGGAUGGCGACAGCCUCAGCCAACAUGGCAUCAAAGAUGGCCUGACAGUUCAUCUUGUCAUAAAAACAGCACACAAGGCGGGAGAGGCCAGUAGCACCUCAGCGUCAAGCUCAGCCUCCACUCAGGCAGACGGUAAUUCCACCUCUAGUCCAGCCACCAACACCACCUCCACAACAGGCUCCUCUGGCUCCGCCCCACCACCCACACAGACACCCAACAUACUAUCGGGCUUCGGGGACUUGAGCAGUCUAGCUGGUUUGGGCAUGGGCUCGGCCAACUUCAUGGAACUGCAGCAGCAGAUGCAGAGGCAGCUCAUGUCCAACCCAGAGAUGCUUUCUCAGAUUAUGGAGAACCCGUUGGUGCAGAACAUGAUGUCCAACCCAGACCUGAUGCGACAGAUGAUUAUGGCCAAUCCACAGAUGCAACAGCUGAUGGAGCGCAACCCUGAGAUCUCUCACAUGCUUAAUAACCCUGAGCUGAUGCGACAGACCAUGGAACUAGCCAGGAACCCGGCUAUGAUGCAGGAAAUGAUGCGAAACCAGGACCGGGCUUUGAGCAACUUGGAGAGCAUCCCAGGUGGUUACAAUGCCUUGCGAAGGAUGUACACAGAUAUUCAGGAACCCAUGUUUAGUGCCGCCAGGGAGCAGUUUGGUAACAACCCGUUCUCAGCUCUGGGUGGCAACUCUGAGUCCGGUGCCCAGCCAUCACGGACAGAGAACCGCGAGCCCCUGCCCAAUCCAUGGGGACCACCAAAUUCUUCUAGCUCCACCGAGAGCGGAGGGGGCACCACAGGAAGCACUAGUACCACUGGAGGGACCAACCCCAGUGUGUCUAACCCUCUGGGUGUCAAUCCUGGGAGUCUGGGAAAUGGCAUGUUCAACAGCCCGGGCAUGCAGAGUCUUAUGCAGCAGAUCUCAGAAAAUCCCCAGCUGAUGCAAAACAUGCUGUCUGCUCCAUACAUGCGCAGUAUGAUGCAGUCACUGGCUCAAAACCCAGAGUUAGCCUCACAGGUAAUGAUGAAUAACCCGUUGUUUGCUGGAAACCCACAGCUGCAAGAACAGUUCAGAACCCAACUACCCGUCUUUCUGCAGCAGAUGCAGAACCCAGAAGCCCUGUCAGUCAUGACCAACCCUCGGGCCAUGCAAGCUCUAAUGCAAAUCCAACAGGGUCUACAGACGCUGCAGACAGAAGCCCCAGGCCUCAUGCCCAGUUUGAUGCCAGGUGGGACAGGUGGAAUACCUGGCAUGCCCACAGGAGGGGGCAUACCUCCAGAGAACCCCGCCUCCCCACCCAGCAGCGCUGGAACGAACGCCGCCCAGCAGCAGCUGAUGCAACAGAUGCUUCAGAUGUUCGCUGGAGGAGGAGGAGUCGGAGGAGGAAGUGCAACGACCCAGACCCCUGAGGUUCGGUUCCAAACCCAGCUAGACCAGCUGAACGCCAUGGGCUUCAUCAACCGCGAGGCCAACCUGCAGGCCCUCAUCGCCACUGGAGGAGACAUCAACGCCGCUAUUGAGAGACUGCUGGGCUCACAGCCCUCGUAAAGACGAGCAGUACAUACUGACACUCAGACACGCUCAUAAGUACAUCCUUAACUCAUAACACCCUACAUCUACAGAAGAGAAAUUUUUGUGUAUCGUCCCAAACUUUACAGAAGAAACUUGGGCAUGAACUGAAAGACCUUCACUCUUCAUCUGUUCUCAGAUCAUUCCCUGUUUCCCCUUAUUAUUAUUUUUUUCUUCAUCCAACUGUUUUUCUGCAGAGUUCUGAUGUAGAUGAACUGAAUCACUCUCUUUUUGAAGGCUGUUCUAAAUGAUUGAAAAAAAAAAAUCGAAUGAAAAGGAAUUCUCAAUUGUCCUUUUUUUAAUCCACAAAAAUUUGAAGUUUAGUGUUGUAGACAAGCAUUUACAUGAUUAAACCCAUGUGACGUGAAUGGCAUUUGGCUCUGUUUCAUACAUGGCUAAUGUGGAACAAUAUGGUUAUUUUCUGGUGUGCAGACAGUAAUCCCUGAACAUGUUCCCACUGACGUUUGGCCUCAGUUUUUUACCCUCAGCUGUAUUUUUUUGCCCAGCAGCUUUCGCUAUUUAUUACAAGCGCCUAAUAACAUGACGCCUUUCACAGUUCUCUUAAUCCGCCUUUCCAGUGCCCACCCAUGAGUGCGGUGUUUUGUUUUUUAUCUCUUUGGAGGUAGCAAAGCUGCAUUGUCAGCAAAUUACAGUCUCAUUCGGUGGGUGAAUCAGACACCCUCACUUUCAAUAAACGUCUCACGUCAUCAUUCAGGAAUCAGACCAUAACCAUGUAUCACUUCACAGCAGCUCUGAAGCACAGGGUGCUGCUAAUAUAAAUAUAAACGAUACAAACAAGCUUUGUUUUCAUUUAAAUCUGAUUUUUCUUCCUUUUUUUUGUUUUGGAGGUGCAAAUAGUACCUAGGUAUGAUUUGUUUCACAUGAAUUAAAUGUGGAAAUCAAUCAAGUUGAAUAAGAAAUGAAAAGGCUUUAAAAAACAAUUCUGGUAUGGUGACGCCAUGCAUCUCUCAAAUCAUAAAGUUUAGCUUGUUUGUUAUCAUUAUUAUUAUUAUUUUCAAAACUCAUUGUAGUUGUGGUAAACUUGGCAACUGCUUCAAUAGCUUUGCUUUGUCUGUUGACCUCAGCUGAAACAAAAAUCCAUCUUCCAGUUGAAAAUGUUGGAACUAACUUUUAACAGUACUGUACUAAAAAAAAAGAAGUAAUAAAUCAUCAAAAACAGUUA